UUGAAUCAUUAUUAUGCAUUGAUUCACCAGAUGUUUGCACUGUGGGUAUUUGGGGAAUGGGUGGUAUUGGCAAGACUACCCUUGCUGAAGCUGUUUUUCACCGACUCACUUCUAAAUUUGAGGCUUCAUGUUUUCUUCCAAAUGUGAGGGAGGAGUCAGAAAGACAUGGACUAAAGCACUUGCGGAAUGUACUUCUUCGUCAGAUGCUAAACGAAAAAGAUCUAAAUAUUGACACUCCAUCUAUAGGACGAAGUUUUGUUCGAGAAAGGCUCAGCCGUACAAAGGUACUCAUUGUUCUUGACGAUGUGAAUGAUUCAAGCCAAUUGGAACUUCUAGUUGGUGAUGAUAUUCAGUUUGGUUGCGGAAGUCGAAUCAUUAUAACAACUAGAGACAGACGACUACUUAAGAAAAUGGCUGAUGCUGACAAGAUAUUCAAGGUUGAGGGAUUAAGGUGUGAUGAAGCUCUUCAGCUCUUUCAUUUGCACGCUUUCAAAAAUGACUCUAUGGGGUCAUAUUAUACAGAGUUGUCAAGAAUGGUGGUCGAUUAUGCCGGAGGCAUACCACUAGCUCUUAUAAUUUUGGGCUCCUUAUUCCUUCACUGCGAGAGCAAACAAGACUGGGAAGAUCAAUUGAACGAGUUGAAAAAGUUUCCCAACCGUAAAAUUCAGAAUGUGUUGAGACUAAGUUACGAUGGAUUAGAAAAAAAUGCAAAGGAGAUAUUUCUUGAUAUAGCAUGUUUUUACAAAGGGAUGGAUAUACGUCUUGCAAAAGAAAUGUUAGAUAUUCGUGGUUUUUUUGCAGGAGGUAUUAAAGUUCUCAUUGAUAAGUCUCUCAUUUCAAUUUCAAUGAACUGCCUAGAAAUGCAUGAUUUACUACAAGAAAUGGGACUGGAAAUGGUUCGUGAGCAGUGUAUUGAGGAGCCCGGAAAACGCAGUAGGUUAUUCAUUGAGGAGGAUGUCUCUCAUGUAUUGAAGAAUAAUACAGGAACUGCAACAGUUGAAUGCAUAUUCUUUAAUAUGUCUAAGAUUAAAGAGCUACACUUGAAUGCCGCAGCCUUCAAAAAGAUGUAUAAUCUGAGAGUGCUGGAGAUCUAUGAUUCUUCUAGCUUGGACAAUAAGUGCAGCAAAUUGUACCUUCCUGAAGGUCUUCAGUCUCUUCCCGAUACGCUUAGUUAUCUUCACUGGGAGGGAUACCCUUUGAAAUAUUUUCCAUCAAAAUUUUCUCCUCAGAAUCUCGUUAACAUUCAAAUGGCCCACAGUCAAGUCGAACAGCUUUGGAGUAAAGGCCAGGUAUAUAUUCUUAUUUUAGUUCUUGUCAAAAACUUAGUGUGGAAUUAUCUGGCUUUGUUAUGCAUUCUUGUCAUUCCUCUUUUCUUUCUACAGAAACUUGCGAAUUUAAAAGUGAUUGAUUUUAGCUUCUCCAAACGCCUGACUGAAAUUCCAGAUCUCUCCCUGAGUCGAAAAAUUGAACAUAUAAAUCUUGGUUGCUGUAAAAGUUUGGUUGAAAUUCCUUCGUAUUUUCAAUAUCUUGACAAACUUAGUUUUCUUGGGCUGAGAGGAUGCUCGAAUCUCAAAUAUCUUCCGGAGUUGCCAAUCAGCAUUAAAACCUUAUAUUUGUCAGAGACUGCAAUAAGGGAAUUGCCUUCAUCAGUUUGGUCAAACGAAAAUCUUUCUCACCUGGAUAUCGAAUUUUGUAAAGAUCUUGAGAAUCUUCCAAGCUGCAGUUGCCAGCUGAAAUUCCCCUUUCGGUUUAGUAUAGAGGGCUGCUCAUCACUUCGCAAGGUUUGGGAGCUUCCUAGGGAUAUACAAGAGUUAUUUUUGAAUGGGACAGCAAUAGAAACAUUGCCUUCAUCAAUUGAGUGUCUCUUUGGUCUUACUGAAAUUGGACUGAAAGAUUGCAAAAGUCUCGUCAGUCUCCCUACGAGCAUAUGUAAGUUGAAAUGUCUUGAGGUACUUGAUCUCACUGGUUGCUCUAAAUUUGAAUGCUUCCCAGAAAUUUUGGAGCCUAUGGAACAUCUGAAGUUUCUUUCAUUAAAGGGAACAGCAGUUAAAGAGCUACCUUCAUCAAUCGAAUUUCUCUCUCAUCUCCUAAUCAUUGACUUGAAAAAUUGCCAAAGAUUCAUGAGUCUCCCGAAGAGCAUUUGUAAGUUGAAAUCCCUUUGGAAGCUUAACCUGAAAGAGUGCUGUAGAUUCAACUGUUUCCCUGAAAUCUUGGAGCCUAUGGAACGUCUAGAGUUUCUUAGUUUAAGAAGGACAGCAGUUAAAGAGCUGCCCUCAUCAAUCGAAAAUCUAAUUGGGCUUGAAACAUUAGAUCUCCGUCUGUGCAAGAAGCUUGAGUUUGUCCCAAGCAGCAUGUACAAUUUAAACUGUCUUAGAACUCUCAGUUUUGAUGGCUGUUCUAAACUUAUAAAAUUGCCUUCAUCCUCAUUUGGCUUGAACGAUUUGGAAGAAGCAACUCUCAGUUAUUCCGGUAUAUUAGAAAUCCCUGAUCGCCUCGUUUGCUUAACCUCAUUACGAGGAUUAGAUCUAAGAGGAACCAUGGUUAAGUGGAUACCAGCAAGCAUCAAACAAGCUUCUCGGCUGUCUUGCCUGUUGUUAAAUAAUUGCAAAAGCCUUCGAUCUUUACCCGAGCUCCCAGGGGUACGUUGGCUGGAAGCACAUGGUUGCACUUCUCUGGAGAAAGUGUCAAGUUUAAGGACUCAACUUGUACAAGGUCGUGAUGAUUAUGAACAUGGAGUUUAUGGAACGAUCCCCGAGAAACUUAUAUUUUCUGGUUGCUUGAAAUUGGAUGAGAAUGCGCGGAACAGCAUAAUGGAUGACGCACAUCUUCGAAUUUUACGAAUGGCGGCGUCACACAAUGUGGAAUCGUUGGAUGGAAAUUCUUUAGUUACCAUUGUAUGUCCAGGAAAUGAAAUUCCUAAUUGGUCCGGAGCUCAAAAUGAGGGAUCUUCGAUAAAUAUCCGUCUUCCUCCAAAUUGUUUUGGGUCAGACUUCUUGGGCUUCGUUUUCUCUCUUCUUGUUGAAUUUGACAACUAUAAUGUUGAACAAGGAUUGGAGUUCGGAUGUAAAUCCACACUCAAAGGGAAUAGUGGUAAAAGCCAUGAAUUUAGCUGUCGUUUGUGUGAUCGACUGUGGGGUGAAACCCAAGGUGAAGAAAGCAACGGCUACAAUUUCAAUUCGGACCACGUGUUUGUGUGGUAUAAUACAUUUGACCUUGUGGGGGGAGCACAAUGCUCUACUGCUCUUCACAAUGGUGUCACUGAGGCAUCUGUUGAGUUCUACCCCAAAGAUCAUCAUGACAGACCGCUUAACUCAUACACAGUGAAGGUAAAAAGGUGUGGCGUCCGCCUGUUGUAUGCUGAAGAUACUAAGUAAUCUGAUGUCGCGUGAUGGAAGAUACUAAAAGUCUGAGAAGUUGUGAUGAGUCUGAAGCAAGCGGAAGUGAUACUUUGAGUCCUUGUAAGAAACAAGGGGAUGACCAGUACCCGAAAGAGAACAAAACUCGAGGUGCAAGAUCAACUAUGCUCGAUUGUAGAGAAAAAACUAUUGUAGACUUGGUAGUCUAAUUUAAAAACUGUGGUAGUCUUUCUUGUUUUGUGCUUUCUGCUCUCCCAUGUACCGAAAGAAAUAAAACAAAUCAUUCCCGUCCGAAAUUUGAUUGUAAUACGAUUUAAGGUACGUAUUCUACCUCAAACAUUUCAUGAAAUUAGUUGAACUACCAAAUAGCGUAUAAAUUGGAAUU